CUAUCGGCGCAUUAAUUCUUGCAGUAGCUGCCGUUCAAUGUGUACUAUGUUAGUGGUGUAAGUAAAAAUGUCGAAUUGAACUCGUCUUAUCUCGCUCAAGUCUUGAGUAAAUAACUUUACUGUACAAAUUCUCCCUGGAACGUUGCCGAUUGAGGAACAAUCGUUUUAUUUUCUGCUGUUCAUUGAACUCCUUAUUUUGACUAAAUAAUGUGUAAUAACAUUUGUGCUCAACGAUAUUCGCCGAAUCUCGUGACCCGUGUGCGAUUUAAAAAAUUAGAAUGCCGAUCCAGAUAAGAGCCUCGAAAGAAGUGAGCAUUUGGACCAAAGACUAAAUUCCAUUGCGCCAUUCGGAUGAGACCAAUCUUGUUCGAUACACGAAAAUGUGAAAAGGAGAUUUCGUGUAAAAUUCAUACGCGCAUGUAGAGAAGCGCUGCCUAUUAUGUUGAUCGGUAUUAGUCGCGAAGAAAAAUGAAGAGGAGGGAGCUUGUUAUGUCAAGGAUGCCCGAUAUAAGUACGCGGGUUUACAAAACAGAGACUUAGUUGUUUAAAACAACGGUUUUCUUGAAGUCAUCACUGUGAAGCAUGUCUGCCUUGAACGACAGUGUCAUUUCAAAAUUAUUUGAUUCUUAAUUUAACUAUAGUUUGCGUUAAUAAUCGAAAAAAUUCCGUUAUUUUAAAUAAUCCUUUAGUCUCAAUAAGUACUUCAACAUAUCUACUCUAAACAUUUUAUAUGGAAUAUCUUGACAUACACUAAUAUAAACUGUAUCGGUUUAUUUGGUACAAAAUUAAUUAAAUAUACUAUGUAUAAGGCAAAUGAUUGGGAUUUUGGCAUGCAACACGAUAGUGGAUCAGAGAGUGCCCCAUUACUCUCUUCAGAAUCUCAUACAAGCAUAGAAUCUACUAUAUUUAAUGAUUCAGAAACGAGUGACUUUGAAUGUACACCUACCAGUACAUAUUUCAAAUAUGGUAGUUUGGAAGCUUGUAAUGUUAAUUCCCCAGUAACUGUAGUACCAAAGAGACCACCACCCAUCACUCAAAAACACACAGCAAUUAUAUUAUUGACCAACUCCUGUCCACUAAAUGUAACACAACACAGAUGUUAUGACAUUCAUAAUACUGAUCUGAUAUUUAAUAAUGACACAUGUGAAUCAACUGGUAAAAAGUCUUUGCUGAAUGAUUUUACAAGCAGAUAUUUAUCUCCAUCAUUGGAACAGGAAAGUACACGUAACACAUGCGAGGAGAAAUCAAAGCAAAGUUCUCUAGUAACUGUGUUUGCAAUAUGGAAUACCAUAUUAGGUUCAUCAUUAUUAACAAUACCAUGGGGUAUUCAAAUGGCUGGUUUUUUCCCUGGUAUUAUUCUCAUACUUGUAAUGAGCGGAUUAUGUUCGUACACUGCUUAUUGUCUUCUUCUUGUACACAAAUAUCAUGGUGGGCAUAAGGGUGUAGAAGUAAUUUAUUUAAGCCGAGUAUACUUGAAUAAAUGGGCAGAAUAUAUCGCUAAAUCUUUUAGCAUUACUGUGUUACUUGGUGCAACUAUUGCAUAUUGGAUACUAAUGUCUAACUUUCUGUAUAAUUCUGUAAAUUUUAUAUAUGAUAGUAUAAAAGAAACUGAUGUAUCUUUAGUAAGCAAUAAUUCUUAUUCAUCAGAAAUAUUGUGUCCAAAGAAACUGUCCAAUAGUACAAAUACUGUAGUUCAUGAGUAUACAUACAGCUCUUUAGGACCAUUUUGGGAUUUAUAUAAAACAGUUCCUAUAUUUCUUGGUUUAUUAAUAUUUCCAAUUUUGAAUUUUAAUAGCCCCACUUUCUUUACAAAAUUCAAUUCUCUUGGAACCGCAUCAGUUAUAUAUUUAAUUGCAUUUGUCUUGGUGAAAACUACAUCAUGGGGUGUAAACAUGGAACAAUCAGAUUGGGAAAUUAGUUGGACACUCAAGAUCUCAUUUCCUGCUCUUUCUGGGAUGCUAGCAAUGUCAUUCUUUAUCCAUAACAUUAUAAUUACUAUAAUGCAAAAUAAUCAUGAUCAAAGUAAAAAUGGAAGAGAUCUUUCAUUUGCAUAUUCACUUGUCACACUAACUUACAUUAUAGUUGGUGUAGUGUUUUAUGUAUGUUUUCCACUUAGUAAAUCGUGCAUCGAAGAUAAUCUAUUGAAUAACUUUCAAAAAUGGAGUGGUUUAACAGUAGGUGCACGAAUCGUUCUACUCUUCCAGUUGUUAACAGUUUAUCCAUUACUUGCUUACAUGCUACGUAUUCAAUUGCUUUCUUCCAUAUGUAAAACAUUUAAUACAGGUUGUGUUCUUUUAGUUAAUAUUAUCUUAGUAUGCAUAUGCAUUCUUUUUGCAGUUUUUGUUCCAUAUAUUGGUACAAUAAUACGGUUUACAGGUGCUUUGAGUGGUUUCGUCUAUGUAUUUACAUUACCGAGUUUAUUGUAUCUAGCAAUUUUGAAAGAGCAAAAACGACUGUCAUUAUUUGUUAUGAUUCUGCAUAUAAGUAUACCACUAUUUGGCUUUCUUAAUCUGCUUGCACAGUUUUUUGUUACAGAAUCAUGAAUGUGACGUUUUUCUCAGCAGUAUAAUUAGAAAGUAUGAAAUGCAUGUUA